AUGCCUCAAAAAGCUUUGAAAGUAACCAAGAAGAGUAAAGACCCACGUAGAGUCACUAAGAAACAAAAAAAUCUACGUAAAGCUGCUCCAAUACAAAUUAAAUCUAAAAAGAAGAAUCUACAACAUUUGAAAAAAUUGAACAAAACAGCCUCCUUGACUGUUGCUACUGAAAGAUUAAUAUCAAGUAAAGUUGGUCAUCUUGAAUUAUUAAAAGGUACUAGAAGAGAAUUAGAAAAGCAAAAAGAUAAUAAAAAAAAAUAG